CACGGCCUUCGCUCCCUCGCCGCGCAUACAGCUCAGCCAGCGCCCACCUCUCUGCCAGCACCCAUCGCACCGGCGUCUCACUGCGCCUCAGCGCUCCGCCCGUCGCGCGCCACAGCCAAGGCCAUGCCGCACGCCGCGCCCGAGGCGCACGAGGCCCUCUCGGCGCACAUCGCCGACGUGCGCACCCUCGCGGCCGUGCUGCGGCCCAUCGCCUUCAACCACUACGCGACCGUCUCCAUCUCCGAGGCUGGCCUCACCUUCACCACCGAGCUCGACCGCUCCGUCCAGGCCAACGCCUAUCUCCCCGCCUCGCUCUUCAAUCCCUACCUCUUUCGCCCCACACGCGCCGCCGCCGCCGGCUCAGCACGGCAGCGGUCCCGCUCUCCCACUUCCUCCCUUGCCGCACCCGCGCCUCCUUCUCCCGCAGCGCUCGCAGCAGCUGAGCGCUCCGCCGCCUCGCACCUCGGGCGACGCGCUGCUUCUGAGUCGGACGACGAGUCCGAAGAGGCCUCUCCGCCCUCGCUCGACUUUGAGAUCAACCUCUCCAACCUCCUCGAGUGCCUCAACGUCUUUGGCUCGGCGCCCUCUUCGACGAAGGCGGCGUCCGAGGGCGCGCCGGUGGAGAUGCAUGAGCCGCCGCCAGGGGCGGGGGAGCGAGGAGGCAAGAAGCGCAAGGAGAGUGAGGGCACGACCCGAGCGCGUGUGAGCUUCGAUGAUGAGAACAAGCGCCUGGUGCUUAUCUUGGAGGAAGGCGGCGCAGUGACACGCUGCGAGCUCACCACGAUGGAGCCGAGCGGAUUGACGGAGAUGCCAUUCGACGCCGAUCGUCUAGUCGGGCAAGCCAUCAUGCGUUCAGAGCUGCUAGCAGACGCCCUCCUCUCCAUCGACCCCACAGCGCGCGAGCUCAAGAUCGGCUUUGAUCCGGCGCAUCGGUCUUCUGCACUCGCAGCGCGUGCGGCGCUCGAAGGCGACGGCAGCAGCGUACGAGGCAGUGCGAGUGUUCGCGGCAGCGGACGCGUGGCUGAGGCGGGCAAGGGAGCGGCUGCGGCGGCGAUGGCAGCGGUGGGGGUGCAGAUGCUGACGCUGAGAGCGGACGGCGACUUCGGCACGGCCGAGAUGGAGUUCCCAAACGAACGAGGCGUCAUGGAGCGCUAUGUCUGUCUCACCUCCUGUUCCAGCUGCUAUCUCUUUAAGUACUUCUCACACGCCCUGCGCGCCCUGCAGACGUCGUUGAAGACGUCGAUCCGCUUGGAUGAGCGGGGCCUGAUUAGUCUGCAAUGCUUGAUGCCUCGAGGAACGGGCGCGACGGGCACGGGCGCGCAGGGCAACGCAGCGAAGGACCAUGGGUUCAUCGAGUUCGCGAUCCUGCCGCUGGACGAUCCUGAGCCCGAUGGCAGCCAGCAGGACGUCUGAGUGCAUGAGCGCUUCAGAGAGGGCGCAAUGUGCAUCGACACGAGUGCCAGUGGCAGCAGAGCGCACAGUGGCGGCCGUCGCCCCUCCUGUGCCUUCUGGGGUCAUAGGCUGCGUUGAUGCACGUUGCGCCCUCGCUGUCCCAUCCUCCUCACAUCUGCUUCUCGCGGCUCCCUUCCUGUCACCGCAAAGAACUCUGGUCACCCGUCACCGCCAUCCUCAUUCACGUCACGCAAUCCCAUCAGCUCGUCUGAUCCGUUUCACUGCGUCUCUCGCAUGCAGUGCAG